AUGCCAGUGAAAUGUUGUUUCCACAGGUCAACCCCUAAGGAAACAAUGGCAUGGUUUGAGACUCUGGAUACACUACUGGCAAAUAAAGAUGGCUUGGCUGCCUUUAGAACAUUCCUGAAGUCCGAGUUCAGUGAGGAGAACAUUGACUUCUGGAUGGCCUGUGAGGACUUCAAGAAAACUAAGUCUUCUGCUAAAAUUGCCUCAAAAGCCCAAAAGGUUUAUUCAGAAUUUAUCCAGGCUGAUGCUCCAAGGGAGAUUAAUAUUGACUUCGCUACCAGAGACCACAUCUCACAGAAUAUCUCAGAACCAACCCUGAAAUGUUUUGAUGAUGCUCAGAGACUGAUCUAUAGUCUUAUGGCCAAGGACUCUUUCCCUAGGUUUCUAAGGUCAGAAGUUUAUAAGGAACUGGUAAAUAAGCAACAGAAUAGAAACCAGAAAAGAUGGCUCUCAUUUUUGUGAAUAAGGUAAAUAUCAAAGACACAAGGAUUAUGAAUCUUCUCAAUUGCAACUAAGUAUAGCAUAAUACAUUGUUAAAGUGGUUAUGCACACUACAUAUAAGAAUUCCCAUUUGCUUUUGAAAUACAAAAUGCAAUAUACUAAAAUGUACAACAAUAUUACUACUAACAGAGUUGGCUGGGAAUUUUUCGAUGAAAUGUUUUGCAGCAAAAAUGCUGAUUCAUCAAAACUGAAACUUUCCAUGGGAAAGUUUCUCAACUCAAUUUUUUUUUAAAAGGUACAAAAUUGUUAGUUUGAAAUGACUUUUCAUUUUGAAUUUUAAGCUUAGUAAGACACAAAUAGAAAAAUGGUUGAAAUCAAAACAAACCAAAUAUUUCUGGUCAGUUUUGAUUGACCCUAACCAAAAUUUGGGGGGAAUAUUUGGAUCAGGAAAAUUUUCAAUAUUUUGACUUUUUAUCUCAAUUGGAGACAGGAAAAUAUUUUCAAAUCUCAAAAUUUUUUGCAGGGUUGAAAAAUGUUUCAUGGAUAGCUCUAAUUU